AUGAAAUUCCUGAAAGAGCAUACAUUUUUUAGGAGGGGUCAUCUGUCUCCUGAGGUAGGAAGGUGCCGGUGUCGAGAUAACUUCCCUCUUAACCCGGGCUUCUCAGGAGCAAUUAAAGGACUCCCGUUUCGACCCACGGUGCGUCGCCAUGGUGAAGGCUUGCUGCUCUUGCCGGUGGAGCUCCUGCGGCGGCGGCGG